AUGAAAGACAGCACGCGUCUUGCGCCAAAUGUCGAGGCGGAGGUUGACCGGCUUUCCAAUAAACUGCUCUCAGCGCUUGACUCCCAGCAUGCAGCGCAAAGAAUUGUCGUUGGGAUUUCUGGCGUGCCCGGCUCCGGGAAGACUACACUGGCUCGGUUGGUCACCGCCCGCAUCAACGAGCUCCGUCCGAGCCCAGAUGGUACACCCACCGCCGUAGACCUCACAAUGGACGGCUUUCACUAUUCCCGCGCCCAUCUCGCCUCGAUGCCCGAUCCGGUUUUCGCUACCCAUCGCCGCGGGGCUGCCUUCACCUUUGACGCGGAUGGGUUUCUGGCCAUGGUCCGCCAGCUUGUCGCCGAGCCUCCGGUGGAAGCGAAAGCCCCUUCCUUUGAUCACGCGACCAAAGAUCCUGUGGCCGACGAUAUUUCUAUUCCCCAACACGUUCGAAUCGUUUUGGUGGAAGGAAACUAUUGUGCACUGAACAGAGGUCCCUGGAGGGCUGCUGCUGAGUUGAUGACGGAGCUGUGGUACGUCGACACGCCCGCUGAGGUGGCCCAUAAGAGGCUCGCUAUCAGGCACCUGCAGGCGGGCAUAGUGAAGGACGAGAAGGAGGCUUGGGAACGCGCGACUGGAACCGAUGAGCUCAAUGCGAAGGACAUUAGAGAGAAUAGGCUUCCUUGCCAGGAGAAUCUCGUAUUGGUCUAG